AUGCUGUCCAUGACGGUCCGGGACCACGCUCUGCCCUUUCUCGUUGACACAGGGGCUACCAGAUCUACGGUUAAUCAGGACAUUGGGCCUCUGUCUGGACGGACGAUGAGCGUGGUGGGUUUCUCUGGGGUAAGUCAGAUUCUGUCAUUUACCAUCCCCCUCCCCACACACGUAGCGGGACAGAAAUUACAACACCCCUAUCUAGUGUCUCCCAGUGUUCCAGUCAAUCUCCUGGGUAGGGACCUACUCUCGAGACUCAAUGCACAGAUCCUCUGCGGUCAGCAGGGCCUCACUGUCACGUUCCCGGAUGGGACUGAAGUUCUAUGUGCACAAGGGAUUGGGGACACACACCAGUACCUCCUCAGAGACACUGAACCUAGAUUUGCAGACAUUUUCUGGGCCCUGUUGGAGCCAUCACAAACUGGGCUCUACUCAUGUUAUCUCCAUUGGAAACCCUGGAUCCUCAGCGUCCACCCCUACAUGGCUCCACCUGACCCGCUCCAUCUGACUCUGUUCUACGACCGGGAGGGUAAUGAAUGUUACCUAGAGGAAUUCCAAAAUCAGCUAGAAGGUAAGACCUGGCAGCUACAUUCUGGUGACAUUUUGGUGGGACAACAGGGGGUUGCGGCAAUGGUUAAUCUCACAAGAGAGCAACAGUCCUGGUAUAAUAUGUCUGAGACUGCUUUCCCCCACAUUUCGCUGGCUCUCCAUCCGGGACAUGAGGCUCGCGAAUUGGGCCCCAUGGUCAAAGCAGCAGUCUUAGCCUCAGACUGGUCUUCCUCCGGCCUGCCUGGCGUGCUCCGCUCUCCGUCCCUGAAAAUGUUCAGAAUUGUGAGUACUACCACUGACUCUGCUUUAUGCACACAUGAACUCAUACCUAGAGACCAUGGUAGAGAAAAAUCUGAUCAUCCAAAAGCACAGGAGCUUAUCUCCUCCCUCCCAGUCUCAUUGUGGGCCGAGGGUCCAACCGAUGUCGGAUUGAUCCACUGUAAACCUAUCUCAUUCCAGCUGAAUACUGACUCUCCGGUCUGGGUGCCACAGUACCCUCACAAAAGAGAGGCAGAAUUGGGCAUUCAGGACACCAUAGAAGGCCUGUUAGACUCUGGUGUCCUCGAACCCUCCAACUCCUGCUGGAACACACCCAUUCUACCAAUUGAAAAGAAGGGCACCGGUCAGUACCGUAUGGCCCAUGACCUCAGAGCCAUCAAUCAGAUUCUAGGGACCAAUACGGUCCCGGUGCCAAACCCAUAUGUUGCUCUGAACAAUCUGUCUCCCGAACAAGCAUGGUUCACAUGUAUUGAUCUUGCUAACGCUUUUUUCUGUCUCCCUUUACAUGAGAACGUUCGGGACAUCUUCUCGUUCACCUACCAGCGUCGCAGACUCCGUUACACCCGCCUCCCACAGGGAUUCGCCCUCUCCCCUGGCAUCUUUAACCAGGUUCUGAAAGAGAGUUUGGCUGACCUGCAGCUGCCCGAUGGCACCACAGUGAUUCAAUAUGUCGACGACCUGCUCAUUGCGUCCACCACAGCCGAGUCCUGCCUGCAGGCCACACGGGCCCUGCUCCUACUCCUGGCCCGCCACGGGUUCAAGGUCAGUCAACCUAAGUUGCAAAUCGCGCGGAAACAAGUUUCUUUCCUCGGCAGACUACUGUCACAAAAGGGGGCCUCAUUGUCCCCCGCCCACCGCACAUCCAUUCUGCACCACACCAAGCCUGACACUGUCAAAGCUAUGCUGUCGUUUCUCGGUCUGGUGGGUUACAGCAGGCAGUACAUACCUGAUUUUUCCACUCUCACAUCUCCGCUGAGAGCCAUGGUCACCUCUGCAGGUAUGAGAAAUCUGAAUGCGAAUCUGACAUGGUCCCGCAACUCGGAAGAAGCUUUUAUCAAACUCAAACAAGAACUCGCUGCGUCCGCCGAAUUGGCCCUCCCCGACUACGCGCGCCCGUUCUUUUUGGAUGUUUCUGAAACAGAAUCUGUUGCUAACGGUAUUCUGUUCCAGAAAAAAGGGGGAGAGAGAACGGUACUGAUGUAUCUCAGUGUCAUCCUUGACCCCACAGAAAAACGUCAACCAACGUGCACAAGACAUGCUGCAGGUGUUGCCAAACUCAUCAACAAAAGCGCACACAUAGUUAUGGGACACACACUUCACAUCUUGACAUCACACAGCGUUGUAGCUUAUGUGAACUCGCAAACUUUUACGAUGUCCUCCACAAGACAGCAAAAACUCGCUCGCAUUCUCGAAGCCCCAAACUUGCUAUUCACUCAUGAAGGUGUUAACAUGGCUGAGCGUUUGGGGGAAGGUGUGUUGCAUGAGUGUGCCCACAGGGUUGAAAAAGAAGAAAAAGCCAGAGAAGACCUCCAGACGGAACCCAUCCCAGGGGCCAGAAACCUAUACACAGACGGAUGCUGCUACAGAGAUGAGAAGGAGGGACUCAGAGCAGGAUUCUCGGUGAUAGAAGAAACACCAGACGGACUCAAGACGGUAACAGCACAAAAGCUCAAUGGACCACAGUCAGCCCAGAGAGCAGAAGUCGUGGCAGUGAUUGAAGCCCUGAAAGCAGGUAAAGACCAAGACAUUAACAUUUACACUGACUCAGCCUAUGCAGUACAUGCAGCACAAGUAGACCUAGGACAAUGGAUGAGAGCGGGCUACCUAACUGCAAAACAAGAACCCAUUAAACACAUGGAUGAAAUGAAAGAGCUUGCAAAAGCACUGUGGUUUCCCCAGAAGGUAGCCAUCAUCAAAUGCAAAGGACACGACAACAGCGGAUCCAGAGUUGCCAUGGGCAACCAAGCAGCGGACUCCGCAGCCAAAGCAGCCGCAGGAUAUCAUGAGAAGCUCCUGUUGGUAAGACCAGACACAGAGACACAAAUGACAAAACUGUCCCUUACAGAAAUCUCAAAAGAACAGGACCUAGCCUCACCUGAAGAGAAGACAGUGUGGAAACUCAGAGGCGCAGUCCUAUCGGAAGGGACCUGGAGAUCCCCAGAUGGAAGGUUGGUUCUGCCACCUGGGCUCAAAGACAGUAUCUUCUCAGAAGCACAUGGAGUUGGCCAUGCAGGCAUCUCCCAGAUGAAAGUGGACCUCAAAGAAUGGUGGCACCCCUUCCUACAUGACAUGCUAAAGGAGUGGGUAAGACACUGCACUGUUUGUACACACCACAACACCAGACCUACAUACAAACCCGGGGUGGGUAAGUUCCAACUAAAAACACGUCCAGGGAAAGAAAUCAUCAUUGAUUUUACAGAUAUGGUUAACUCAGUCCGAGGGUACAGGUAUGUUUUGAUGUGUGUUGAUGCAUUUACAGGAUGGCCAGAAGCAUGGCCAGUGAAAAGAGAGGACAGCAAAUCAGUAGUUAAGUGUCUCAUCAACCAUUACAUCCCACAGCAUGGCUUCCCAGAAAAGAUCAGGUCGGACAAUGGGUCACACUUCAAGAACCAGGACCUCCAGUACGUGGAGGCCAUGUUGGGACUUAAACAUGGUUUUGGGUCCGUGUACCAUCCUCAAUCUCAGGGUAAGGUUGAGAGGAUGAACCAGACAGUCAAGAACAGGCUGUCAAAGAUUUGUGCCCACACAGGGCUGAACUGGGUGGAUGCUCUACCGCUCGCCCUCAUGUCCAUCCGAUCCUCAGUAAACAGGACAACUGGACACACCCCAUUCGAGCUCGAACGUGGUCGACCUUUUCCAGGGCCAGAACGAGCCCUGCAAAACACUGACCCUCCUCCCUCUCACAUGCACCAGAAAGAUUAUUAUGUACAACUGCAAUCUGUUCUCUCUGAAUUUGCUAAGCAGGUGCGAGACAGCAAAGACGGCACCAAAGACGGUGACCUACCCAUCACUGACUGGGUCCUCCUUCGGGUCAUCAAGAGAAAGUGGAGCGAGCCUAGGUGGACAGGACCAUUUCAGGUGACCGAGAGAACCUCCCACGCAGUCCGGCUGGACGGGAAAGGUGACACCUGGUUCCACCUCACUCAGUGCGCCCCAGCUGUAACACCUCAACGCUCCCUGAAGGAAGUGCGGCAGGAUCUUGCAGCAGCUGCAGCAGGAAACCAAACCAAAGAGCCACACACCUCCAGAAAAGACACAGGGCAGAAUAAUCCCUGCAACGAAAAGGGCACAGGGUAG